GGAUACGUGCAUAUAUCUAAUCCCUAUCUCUACUAGCUUUAAUGCUUUUCAAGUAAACAUCCAAUCAUUAACUUUCCUCAAAAAGCUUGUUUCGAGGAGCUCAAGUACAAGCUUCCUUCCUGCUUACAGGAACAAGAGAACAAGUGUGAUAUGAAAUUCUGGGGGUGAGUGUAAAUGUAGUCUUAGCCAGUAAGCGCCUCCUCUUUCUCCAACUGAAGCUUCUGCUCCCCCAAGUUCGAGUUCUACAGGUUUCAAUUCGCUUUCCAUCUCAUCUCUAUCAAUUUUAUACGUAUCAAACAAUCAACAUAUAAUUGUAUACUCACCCACAUAUUUAUUAAAGUAUUAUUGUCACAAAGCAUCGAAAUUGAUCAACUGCAAUAUGACUACCAGAAAGAGAAAGGCUGAAGACGAGGAGCUCGUUGCUCUUCCCUCGGAUGAGAGCGAGGAGGAAGAAGAAUAUGAAGACUCCGAAGCCGAAGCCGCAGCAGCAGUAUCUGCUGCAUCCGAUGAGGACGAUAGUGACGAGGACGAAGAAGGAUUAGAAGAAGAGGAAGUUCAAGAAACGGCACCACCAUCUAAAAAGCGCAAAGUCGUCACCAACGAUGUAUCUGUCGAUGAGAAUGAAAUUGUUCCUAUCGACGACGAUGAAGAUGGCGAUGACAACGAAGCCGAAGCCGACGAUGAUGGAGUAGAAGACGAAGAAGAUUCCGCUGCCGAGGAUUCAGUUGGCGGUUCUGGACCUACCAGUAAAGCUGCUGAAAUAAAGGGAGGAGUUGUUCCUGAAGAGGACGAUUUGGAUGAAGUUCCAGAAGCGAUUGCUGAUGAUGAAGAUGAUGAGUAGAUAAGCAAGCUUAUCGUCGUAUCGUUUCUACGAUGCGUGGGUAUCCACCUCAAGUCGAAGACCGUGCGGCAUGCGAAAUAAGAAAUGAAUGAUUGGGAUGAGAUGAGACGAGUGAUGGAUUUCUGGAUGGUAAUUUAUGGGCUGCCGAUGAACAACAGGAAGUUGGCAAUCUGGGUGGUAUGGAUAGAUGUAAUAGGCAACAAAAAAGGGGCCAAAUGAAAAUUGUUGUGUUGAUUUAGUUGUUUCCUUUCUUCUUUUGUUUUAAGCCGACCUAGUUCUUCAGAACUUUUAUAUAUCUUCUUCUUAAUCACAUCAAUUGUCACAAUGUCCACAUUGAAACUUUGGUCUUCUUACAGUGACCCUAACCCACAAACACACGACUUUUUGUCAUUGACGUCA